UUUUAUAGAUUUACGAAUUCGGCCUGCAGUAAGGGCCCAGAUAUAGCUAAUUUAUUCUUUUCAUUUUUUAUUUCAUAAUUUGAGUCGAGAACAAAUCUAUUGAUGAUGUAAAAAUUCAAUUAUUUAUUCGUAUCUAAUUAUUUUAUAACGUUUCGGGACGUUUAAAUGUGACACUCAGGGACUCGAAAGUAACAGUGCAUGGGACUGGCGUGGAAUUCGCCGGGAGUGAAAUAAAGUACAUGAGUACCGUAAACGUCAUCGCAACACAUUUGGCCCAAGAUGGCACGUCAGCAAACCGACGUCGACGAAUUGUUCGACGUUAAAAAUCAUUUUUACAUUGGCAAUUAUCAACAAUGCAUCAACGAAGCUCAAAAAGUGAAGUCAACUCUGCCCGAAGUGAUAUUGGACAGAGACGUCUUUCUCUAUCGAGCUUACAUAGCUCAGCGAAAGUUUCGCGUAGUGUUAGAUGAAAUAAAUAAUUCAUCAUCGCCAGAUCUGCAACCUCUGAAGACGCUGGCAGAGUAUUUUGCAUUUCCGAAUCGACGAGAGGCGAUAGUAGGCGAGUUGGACAAAGUGGCGAACAACGCGACGACGGAUAACCACAAUUUUAUGAUUGUGGCAGCAACGAUUUACUAUCACGAGAAGAAUCUAGAGUCAGCCCUAAGAAUAUUACACAAUACGGAUCAUCUUGAGUGCAUGGCGUUGACCCUGCAGAUAUACUUGAAAAUGGAUCGUUUGGACUUGGCAAGGAAGGAAUUGAAGGCGAUGCAAGAGAAGGACGACGACGCUACAUUGACCCAGUUGGCUCAAGCAUGGGUAAACAUAAGCAGCGGCGGUGAAAAAUUGCAAGACGCCUAUUACAUCUUUCAAGAAAUGAUUGACAAACACUCGAGCACGAGUAUGCUGCUGAAUGGUCAGGCAACCUGUUUCAUAGGGCAAGCUAAAUACGAAGAGGCGGAAAAUGCUUUGCAAGAGUCGCUGGACAAGGACAGCAACAAUCCGGAUACACUCAUUAAUAUGAUAGUUCUUUCUCAACACAUGGGCAAACCCCCUGAAGUAGCGAACCGUUAUUUGAGCCAGUUGAAAGACUCUAAUCUCGAUCACCCGUUCGUGAAGGAAUAUUUGCAAAAAGAGGUCGAAUUUCAAAGACUUAGAAAACAAUACUCGUCCUCCGCUUGAAUCGAUCGCCCCUCUCCCGUGGCGAUUAGAAAAACAAACAAAAGUAUGGGACGAGAAUUAACUUCGCGUUUUUAAUCAGCUUAGAGUCUCUCGUCACUUUGAGGCUGCUGGAAAUCACAAAUCUUACGAGAAAUCACGCAUUCAAAUCUAGCGUUCGAAUUCAGUAAUCAUUAUAAUUCAUGAAUCAAGUCCAUGAUAAUAGACCGUUGGUUAUUUGAGAGUUUGACUAUUUGUUCCUUUUAUACUUAUAUACAUCUAAGGUAAACCUUUUUGUUUAGUCUCUUCGAAUAUAUCUCAGGAGCUCAAAAUUUUUUCAUCGUGAGAAUAAAAAUGAUUGAAAAACUUGUUGAA